UCUACGCCCUUAGGUACAGGGGCCAACGACAGGAAACAGUUUGGACUACGAUCGAGGGACAUGUGUAUAUUAACCGAGGACUUAGUUUUAUCAAGAACACUCAGGGACCCGAAAAUACAUCAGCGUAAUUCCUUGCAGUAACCACAUAAAAAGCAAUACGCGUUAAAACAUUUCUUAUCGUUAUUUAAACAUAAAAUAAGCGACGUUUUCUCAAUUCGCUGAAUAUACAUUUUUUUAUUAUUACUACAGGCGAUUCAUUUAAUUAAAACGUCGGUAGGAUGACAGAUCAAAGCAGGAUUCUAAUAAAAGGAGGGAAAGUUGUAAACGAGGAUUGCUCAGUAAUCAGCGACGUCUACAUUGAAGAUGGGCUAAUUAAAGACAUCGGAUUAAACCUUCAGGUCCCUGCCGGGGUGAGAGUAAUUGAUGCAACGGAUAAGCUUGUCAUGCCAGGCGGUAUCGACACCCACACGCAUAUGGAGCUGGAAUUCAUGAGCACUAAAACCGCGGACGAUUUUUACACUGGAACCAAGGCCGCCCUGGCUGGUGGUACGACCAUGAUCAUGGACUUUGUCAUCCCCAACAAGGGAGCCUCUCUGCUCCAAGCCUAUGAAAACUGGAGGUCGAGAGCAGACUCCAAAGUCUGCUGCGACUAUUCCCUGCACAUGGCCGUGACGUGGUGGGCAGACACGGUGAAAAGAGAAAUGGAGUCUCUGGUUCGAGAAAAAGGCAUCAAUUCCUUCAAGAUGUUCAUGGCCUACAAGGACGUCUACAUGAUCCAGGACCACGAGCUGCAUGCUGCCUUCUCCGCCUGCAGAGAUCUCGGCGCAGUCGCUCAGAUUCACGCAGAGCACGGAGAUUUGGUAGCAGAGGGGGCAAAGAAGAUGCUCUCCCUGGGCAUCACGGGGCCCGAGGGUCAUGAAAUGUGCCGCCCCGAGGAGGUGGAGGCCGAGGCCACGCAGCGGGCCGCCACUAUCGCGCACGCCACCAACUGCCCGCUGUACGUGGUGCACGUCAUGAGCAAGUCCGCCGCGAAGGUGGUGCGCCACGCGCGGCAGCAAGGCUGGGUCGUGUUCGGAGAGCCCAUAGCAGCCGGGCUGGGGACAGACGGCACACACUACUGGCACCAAGAUUGGGCCCAUGCAGCGGGCUUCGUCAUGGGCCCGCCCCUGAGACCGGACCCCAGCACCCCCGGGUACCUCAUGGAUCUGCUGGCCAAUGACGACCUCAGCGUCACCGGCACCGAUAACUGCACCUUCUCCAUCUGCCAGAAGGCACUGGGCAAGGAUGACUUCACCAAGAUUCCCAAUGGUGUCAACGGUGUGGAGGAUCGGAUGUCGGUCAUCUGGGAAAAGGGCGUGCAUAGCGGAAAGAUGGACGAAAACCGAUUUGUGGCUGUCACUAGCAGCAAUGCAGCAAAAAUAUUCAACAUUUACCCCCGUAAAGGAAGGAUCGACAGAGGUUCAGAUGCAGAUGUGGUAAUUUGGGACCCAAACAGAACGAGGACAAUUUCGGCUAAGACUCAUCACCAGGCGGUGGACUACAACAUCUUCGAGGGGAUGGUGUGCCAUGGUGUUGCCAUGGUGACCGUAUCCAGGGGAAAGGUGGUGUAUGAACACGGUGCCUUGUACGUCACACCUGGGGCAGGACGCUUCAUCCCUCGCAAGCCCUUCUCCGAUUUCGUCUACAAGCGCAUAAAGCAGAGACAGCUGAUAAAGACGCCCACGGCGGUGGACAGAGAGCCGUACGGAGGCGUAGUGGUGAGACUGCCCUCCUAGCCCCGGCAUGUGGGGAGAGGCUGCAACCUCCAGUUACCCUCUCAGGUGAACAUGAGGCCAUGUCCUACGAUACUUUCUUCUGCCAUUUUGACACUCACCAGGAACACCAAGAAUAAACAUCCCGAAAACAAAUAAUGCAUCUUCUGCUAUGAUCUGUGCAAUCUCAAGGAAUCACGAGCCUUUUUAUUUUACUGACUGAUCUUGAUUGAAUUUGUUUUAUGAAAAGCACCGGAAAAAUCCUGCAGGAAUUCUACUUAAUAUUAUGACAUUGUCUUUAUUAGAUAUGGCAGCCAUCUUGUAGAGCUGUUCAUUGGUUGACUCAAACACAUACAAUUUAAAGUGGCCAACAGGAUUUUUUGUAGGGGUUGGGCGCUGAGUAUAAGAGUUGAAUAUUGGCUUGCUUCCUUCCUAUUUACAUUAAUCAAAAUAAAUUCUGUGAUCCGAGCUAGGGUAGCCAGUAAAAUUGCAGUCUGUUAAAACAUUCAGCUUCUGUCAGGCUCAUAUAUGUUAUAUCACUCUGAAAGUGCCUUUUUAAUCCUGAAAGAAUUGAUGAAAGACUGUGUCUCUGCUUGGCUGUUCAACUUGCUUGCUUCAGUUUGCAUGGUGUUUCAUUAAAAAUAAAUAAAUAAGGUGUUGUAAGUAAUUUUAAA